CCUCUAGGUAAGCUGAACGUAGAAGCUCAGGGAUACACAAAAUCUCUUUAACAUCGGACAGAGCUUUAGGCAUCCGCCUUCUAAAUUGUUGCAGUUUUAGUAUUUGUUCUCUGCCGACCUAACAACCAUCAACAUUCACAAUGUAUGCCUGUGCUAAGUUUGCCCAGCCCUCAGCCAGAUGCUUGAGCGUGCUCACCCGAUCUGCCCUGAGGCCUCUCGGAAGCGCAGUCGUUGUGAAGCAGGAGCCACAGGCCGUGUCCGGUGCCAGCCUAGCAACCUACAGUGGAAUCAGCGCACUUAACCUUACAUCUAAAGCAACCUCUGUUUCAUCACUUAUUAGCCAGAUCCGCAACUUCCAGACAAGCGCUGUGCAGCGGGACAUUGAUCAGGCCGCCAAAUACAUUGGAGCCGGAGCUGCCACCGUUGGAGUGGCUGGAUCAGGAGCCGGAAUUGGAAGCGUCUUCGGAAGUCUCGUCAUUGGAUAUGCUCGCAACCCAUCAUUGAAGGGCCAGCUCUUCUCAUUCGCUAUCUUGGGUUUUGCCCUGUCUGAGGCUAUGGGUCUGUUCUGCCUCAUGAUGGCUUUCUUGCUGCUGUUCGCUUUUUAACUUGGGCCUCAGCAUGCAUAGAAAAUCUAACAAUAUUUCAUUAGUGAUUGAAAAAAAAAGUUAUAUGGUAACUAAGCGCUGUAUUGUUUGCGAGGUGUGAGUGGUGAGAAUGAAGUGACCAAAUCAUGUCUGUAUACUUUCUUUGUUUGUGUAUUUGAGGUAACUGUGGACACUUCAUUACUUAGGUUCUUAGGGAAUGAAGCUGAAUUUCCUUGGCUGCACUUCCUCUCGCAGCUCAAAUGUUUGUUGAGGGGUUGGUGAGUGGCUGGAGGAAUGACAGGGGCCCACGGAAAUGGUUGAAUCCCCUCUCUUUUGUUUUGUGAUAGUGUGACAACGUACACAACACAGACUAGACUGUAAUGCAUGAGCGUUGUUGAUGAAGAAACCAGAGUUGAUAAGGUGAUGUUCACCUGAUGCUAUUUUGUUAUCUUGGCUCAGGUUUGGUCUGCAUGUGAUAACCUUUAUGCCAUUAGUAAACUCGUUACUCGACUUUCCUUUGGCGUUGACAGAUCUGCAUACAUUUUUGUCGUGGUGUGAGCAAGAGUGAAAUGUGAUUUUGUUCAUGGAACCAAGAAAAUAAUGUUGUGAGGGCAAAUUGGCUUGGAACCUGGUAAAUCAUCUGGUUUUUUCAUCAAUCAUGUGAACUGUUGGGGUUGUAUGUCAAGAGGACUUUUGUUACGUAUUCAAUCUGCACCCAAAAUUGUGAGCUGUAGUGUUACUGUAACUUUUUUGUUCAACUUAGUAGACCAAUUUUGGAGUUCCACAUUGUUGCAGAUGUGUGAUUGCUGUACAGAUCCAAGCACAUUUGUUUGUAGCAACCUUCUUCGUAGAUUGGGGUUGUUCCGAAGGAUUUGAUAAUAAAAACUGUCUUGGAGACUUUGAUGAA